UCAGCCUGCGGAGCACCAGGCUUCCGCGGGCAUUCGUCCUCCGCUCCGUCCCCAGUCUGCUUCGGGCACGAUGGCGGGGUCUGCAUUGAGGGUCGCCGGCCGACGGCUCAGUCAACACACAGGGUCUGGAGCCCCCGUUCUCCUACGGCAGAUGUUUGAGCCCAAGAGCUGCACCUAUACUUAUCUUCUGGGGGACCGAGAGUCCCGAGAGGCGGUUCUGAUCGACCCGGUUCUGGAGACAGCGCAGCGAGAUGCCCAGUUGGUCAAGGAGCUGGGGCUGCGGCUGCUGUAUGCGGUGAAUACCCACUGCCACGCGGACCACAUUACCGGCUCCGGGCUCCUCCGGUCCCUACUUCCCGGCUGCCAGUCUGUCAUCUCCCGCCUUAGCGGGGCCCAGGCUGACUGGCACAUUGAGGAUGGAGACUCCAUCCAGUUCGGGCGCUUCGCCUUGGAGACCCGGGCCAGCCCUGGCCACACCCCUGGCUGUGUCACCUUUGUCUUGAAUGACCACAGUAUGGCCUUCACUGGAGACGCCCUACUUAUCCGAGGGUGUGGGCGAACAGACUUCCAGCAAGGCUGCGCUAAGACCUUGUACCACUCAGUUCAUGAAAAGAUCUUCACUCUUCCAGGAAACUGUCUGAUCUACCCUGCUCAUGAUUACCACGGGCUCACAGUGUCCACUGUGGAGGAGGAGAGGACUCUGAACCCUCGGCUCACCCUCAGCUGUGAGGAGUUUGUCAAGGUCAUGAACAAACUGAACCUGCCUAAACCUCAGCAGAUAGACUUUGCUGUUCCAGCUAACAUGCGCUGUGGGAUCCAGACGCCCCCUUCCUGAUCGACCCUGACUCUCAGGGGCUCACAGCUCACAUCCAUUAAAAAUGCACUAGGUGGGGUGAGGGGAGCCUUGCCAUCACUGGGGCCUCUCUCCUCUUCCCCUCCCUUACUAGCCCCCUCAAGCUUCUUAAAUAAAAAUAUUUUUUUCUCCUCUGAA